AUGUCGAAGUCUGCGAAAGAUGCGCUGGCGGCACAGCUGGACGCGCUGAUGGGGAAGGAGCGAGAUGUGCCGGUAGAGAAGCGCACGAACAGGAGAAUAAACUUCUGGGACGAUGACGUGGACAAGUAUUGGAUUUGCGGCUGUUCCCCGCAUUUGAUCCUCAGGAACUCUCGUUCUGAUCUCGGAGUGUGGGACAAAGUGCAAGAUGAGGACGCCAAAGCUGCCUGGGACGUGUUGCCUCAAGAGGAGAAGGAUAAAUAUGGAUACGAGUACGAACUGAUGCGGUUCCUAGAGCAACUUGUUGCCGAUUUGGACAAGUCAAUCAGAAGACACCAAGAGAAACUCAAACAGGAACAAUCUGGCAAGAAGUUCAACCUUAGCAAGGAGACGCAAGCUCAGGUACUAAAGGAUCUUCUUCCUGUGCUGCGCUCUAGUCUGAUCAAGACGUCCGCCAAGGUUGAUGCCCUCGCCCAGCAAAUCAAGGAGUUGCACCAGAAGGCGCAGGCGCUUGGUGAUGAAGGAGAAGUAGAUGGAAGUUUGAAGGCAAUGGGGGAAGUGGAAGAGCUUACCAAGCAGAAGGAGACUCUUGAAAAUCCAAUAUUUCCUGGCAAAGAGAAGGUUAUGGAAGUGUGCGAGAUUUGCUGCAACUUUAUGGCCAAUACGGACAGUGAAGUGAGCAACAGUUCGCAAGGCGGAGCAUCUUGCUGGAAAGCAACAUCAGGCAAAGUCAAGUACAUGCAGUAUGCUUGUCUGACAUGCAAGAAGGGUUGGGCUCAAAUCAGGGAAAAGCUCAAGGAGCUGAGGGCGAUGCAUGAUGGAAAGGGGCCGCCGCCGCCUCCUCCGAAGAGGAAGGAAAGGGAGAGGGACAAUGACAGAGACCGCCGAGAUCGUUCGCGCGAGCGCGGCAAAGACAGGUCUCGCGAGCGAGAUAGGCACCGGGACUAUCGGGACCGGGACCGACGGGAUGAUCGCAGAGACCGAUACAGGGACUAUGACCGUGACCGGGACAGGAACAGGGACAGAUCGAGAGAGAGGGACGGGUCUAGGGAGCGGGAUCGUUCUAAGGAAAGGGACAGGCACAAGGAUCGCGACUACAGAGACUCUAGGUAG